AUGGAACGACUACUUCAUCAACUUCAACUGGAUUCUGCCACUGAAGAUGCGGCUGACACAACCCAUAAUUCGAAUCAAAAAGUAGUUAAAGUACCAUCUAGAUUAGGUAUGAUAGCCUUAGGCAUAACUGGAACUCUUGCCGCAGGUUUAGUCGUGGGAACAUUACCAUUUUUAACGCCAGCUCUUCGCAAGAUUUGCCUACCAUUUGUGCCAGCUACUGAAUCUCAGAUACAAAAUAUUCUUAAACUGUGUAAGGGUCAGACUAGUCGUCUAGUCGAUCUUGGCAGUGGAGAUGGUCGAGUGGUGUUAGCUGCAGCAAGAGCUGGUUAUGAGGCAGUUGGAUACGAGCUUAAUUAUUUUUUGGUGUUAUACUCCAAAAUACGGGCUAGAUUUGAAGGUCUUCAUACUAAGGCAUCAUUUUCACGUGUUAAUCUCUGGAAGGCAGAUUUAAAAGAUUUCGACACCGUAGUUAUUUUUGGUGUUGAUGUAAUGAUGCCAAAAUUGCAAGAAAAACUUGCUAUUGAAAUGAAAGAGGGUGCCAAAGUGCUUGCCUGUAGAUUUCCAUUGCCUGAUUGGCAACAUGAUGUUGCAAUUCAAGCAGGGAUUGAUACAGUUUGGCGAUACAAAAAGCAUUGAGCUUGAACACUCAAAUGGGUUAUCAGUAAGGGUUAUUUUGCCUUUGAGAACGCUCUGUGUUUAGAGUCAUGCAGGACGUCAUUGAGUGGACAAUACCUAUUUGAAAAAUGUUUUAUGAAAGGUUUAGUAAAUAACCUGCUGAGACCAAAACCCCCAAAAAACCAAGCUGUGCCACUAUGGAUUUUGAGUGGCCUACGGAUAGUUGGCGAGGCUGUCAAACACACCUGUAUUAUACUGACCAACAAGUAAAGCUUGUCGAUAUUGGACAAAGCUAUAGGUAAAUAUUGAAACUGUCGGUAUUUAUUAAAAUAAUACUAAUUGAAAUAAUCUGUAAAUAUUGUCGAUUGAUCGGUUGAUGCUGAUAUCGAAAAUUUGAUAGUACCGAUAAAAAUAUCGGAAAAUAGUGUUUAUUGAAAGUAACGGUAAUUGUCGUCAUUAUUAUCUUUACUUAUUAAAUACCAUUUAUUUAGACUUAUUGCUUUCUUUGUACCUCA